AUGCUUGAUAUCGAAUUAAACGAUUAAAUGUGGGAAGUUAAUACUGCACUUACCGUGUAUUUGCAAGAACACUAAUUUCCAGGGGAAAAGGAAGUGUUUCUAUUUUUUUCAUAUUCUCUUUAUGCUCUACCAGGAAUAGCCCUUAUAGCGUUUUUGUUCUGCGAUAAUAAAAUGGGUGCUUUGCUGUAUGUUUGCCUGAUAUAAACAAUUUUUGCUGAGAAUCAAAUUCUUAAAAAUAUAUAUCGCCAAGCACGCCCCUACUUUAUUGAAAGUGCAAUCCAGCCUUAUGAGUGCAACAAAGAAUUUGGUAAACCUUCUGGCCAUGCAAUGUCAUCAUCAGCAAUGUAUUUUCUUUUACCUUUAAUAAUAUUCCCUGCCAUUUUAAGUGACAAAUCUAACCACAAGUAUUUAAGAGUAAUUGUAAUUGCAAUAGUGACCAUGUGGACAUUCAUGACAGGAUUUUCAAGAGUCUUUAUGGGUGUUCAUUCAUUCGGAUAAAUCUUACUUGGUUGGGUCUAUUCUGCCUAUUCGAUUUUCAUUUAUAUGCGUUAUUUUCAUAAUCCGAUUACUCAUUACAUUAAAUAAUGCUUACAACCAGGAUCCUUUGGAGUAUCAAGCAAUGUUGUAUAAGCAGUCGGAUUAUUUGCACUUUUAUGGACUGGCUUAUCAAUUCUACUCUUUGAAUUCAAUAACAAAGUAUUAGGAGAAGAGGAUGAAGUGGAUGAUUGGCUGGAUGCAUUGUAUUAGAAAUGUGCAAACUAAAAAACUCAUUACAAGUUCAACAGUCCAUAAGUGUUACAUAAUAUUAGUUUCAGUCUAAGCUUGUACAUUUGGCUACCAUUCAGUUUCAUCCUAGGUGUUAAGUUAAGCAAAGGCAUUUACAAUGAAAAUCAGUUCAGUGUCUACUACAAGUUACUUACUUUUUCGCAAAAGGUUAGCAGAGUACUGAUUUUCAUUUUGUUAAUCUCAACGUUGAUUCCCAUAAUUUUAAGCUAAUUCGAAAAUUCCUAUGGAUAUGCAUUUGGAAAAAUUCUUCCUUUAUCCUUUUUAUUGGGAUUGCAUAUCACUUACAUCUACUCGAAGCUCUUAAAUUACUUCAAGCUUACAGUGGAGGGAGAUUUUAUAUAAAUGUCAUCGCAAUUGGUUUCAGCUCCUGAAGGAUACAAAGCUAGUGAAUUAGGGUAAAUCAAUUUUUGA